AUGACGGGUGUCGAGCUGAUCUUUGGCCCGCCGCCGCCGGGCAUCGACUUGCGUGACAGUCAAGUUAGCAGGAUUGAUGGCGUGUGUAUCGCGAUGUUUAUCCUGGCAGUCGUUGUCGUGUGUCUUCGAUUUGUGUCACGACUGUGUAUCCAGAAAACGGGGCUCGGUCUAGACGACUGGCUGAUGGCCAUCUCCAUUAACGAACCAUGUGAACGCAUCAACACUCUGCGUCCACAAGUGGCUGAUCCGAUUUCCCCGGCAAAGAUCCUCGUGGCCUUCAUUUACAUCUACCUGCCACUCAUCUCAACGAUCAAGUGCUCAAUCCUGCUGUUGUACCGGCGGCUCUUCGGCAUGAACUGGAUGAUCUGGGCCAACCUCUUUAUGAGCAUUGGCUGGGGUGUCGGCGGCGUGAUUGCGUUCUCGUGCGCGUGUCAACCACUGUCGUAUUUCUGGACGCAGUACAUCGAUCCCAAGGGCGGGAAGUGCAUCAUCAAUCUCUUCGGCUACUACAUCGGGACCUCGUCGGCCAACGUGUUCACCGACCUGCUGAUCCUGGCGAUGCCCAUGCCGAUUGUGUGGAAGCUCCAAAUGCCCCGGACCCAGAAGAUCAUUGUGUCGGGGAUCUUUGCUCUCGGUGGAUUUAUCAUUCGAAUCUACUACAUGAGCAAGUUAAAAACCGACCUGGACAUCACCUGGGUAAUGGGCUACGUAUACAUGUGGUCAACAGUGGAACCCGCCGUGGGCAUCAUCUGCUCGUGCCUGCCAACGCUGCAGCCAUUCCUGCGGAUGGCCUUUCGCUCACUGAAAUCCGUGGGAUCGCGACACCGAUAUGGCUACGGGAACAGCGAGGGCACGCAGAACAGCAACGCACUGCACCGGCUCAGCCGCUAUGGGCAAGGCGACACCAAAGCGCCGCAUCUGUGCGUCGACGAUGACGAGGCUCGCCUUACGGCGCACUCGCCUGCGGAGCCUCCGCAUGGCUUCUCGCGAGAUCGCGAGAAUAGUGGCGACGACUCGGAUCCGUACUCGAUUACGGUGACGCAUGGUAUUCAGUGGAGGCAGGAGAAUCGGCGUUGA